AUGCCGGCAAGUGUUCGAGAGCACCUGGAGGACUUGGGCAUACCAGCUGAAACCUUUCGCAGUGUUGGAGAUAUUAACGGUCUGAGCAGGAACGCAGAGCCUGCGCUGGCUACUUUAACGUCGCUCACAAGUAGACAGCGCCUCAAAACAUUGCUGCUCAGCAAUCCGCAGCUGCUUUGCGUGCCCCUCGGCGUGUGGCUCGACUUCUUGACGGCAUAUGGCAUGUCACGACAGGACUUCUUCGCUCUCCUCGGGGCAUUCCCCGAGCUGUUCACCCUUGGCAGCCUCUUCAAAGCGGGAAACGCCAUCGCGUAUCUGCAGAGCUUGGGUUUGACUCCUCGCGACGUGGUGUCUUCCGUCAUCCUAAGAAACCCCGGAGUGCUGCUCAGUGACGUACACACCGGCUUAGAGCCCGCCGUUGAGUUUUUACGACAAGGGCUGGGAUUAGGACAGGAGGAUGUACGGGAUUUCUUGUGUCGGUGUCCUCGGGUGCUAUCCCUGGAUCCCGUCAGAGAUCUGGCACCCUGCCUGGAGCUGUUGUGCAGUGCUGGAUUGGAGAGGGGUGUGGCGAGGAGGUUGCUGUUACGGAACGGAGCUCUGCUGACCCGGGAUUUGCCGUCCGAGGUGCACCUGCGUCUGUCUUUCCUAACCUCCCACUGCGGAUUCAGUGCGGGCCAGGCGGCGCUGGUGCUCCAGGGAUGCCCCGAAAUGCUCUCAUUCACCACCGCCAAUCUGAGCCGCAAGUGGCGCUUCCUGACGGAGAAAAUGGCGGGCGGACGAGAGCAGCCGCCGCCGCAAACCCCCGUUACAAUCAGUUUGCAAAUGUUACUCGACAGCGAUGAUGACCUGCACUUUCUGGAACGAGUGUGGGUGAAGAAGGCGGCGGCGGCGGCGGCGGCGGCGGCACCGACGGAGGGGUUUCAUCGCACGAAGGAGGACGCGGAAAGGGACGAUUGGGGGAAUGGGGAGGAAGAGUCUGGAAGGUGCUGUGGUCGCAGUGGCGGCGGCGACGGCGGCUGCAGGGACGAUAGCCCUGGGGCUGAAUUGGGGUUAAAAAUGGGGUUGCAGGUGCGGGUGGGUGUGGGGGAGGGGGCGGGUAUGGGAGCAUUGUGGGAUGCGGAGGCGGUUCUUUCGGACUUUCGGAAGUUCCGUACGGCAUGGCUGGAACGUGAAGGCGCCCGGUGGACUGGCGUGAGGAGCGUGGGGGUGACGGGUAGCUGGUGA